ACUCACCAGUUUCGAUUUCAUUUGCCGAUUUUUCAAAUCUUUUUUACAGCUCUAAAAAUGGGUGGAUUCAAGCUCAAUCGGGUCGAGUACAGGAUGAAGCUGCAACUUGUUAAUGCAUCCGGGUUCACUCACCAAAGCUGGUAUGGAGUCUCUCCAUCCCGAACCCGCACCGGAACUUGCACUUCCAUUUUGCCGUCUCCAUCAUCCAUAUACGUGUCCAUACCAAGGCCCAAAGAAAUAACAGGAACAAAAUCUAUAUCGAUAUGAUCAAUGAUUUAUGCAAAAGUAGUCAACAGCGGAAGGAAGAAAGCGGCAAAGCGCCCAACUCUUCUUCCUGUUGAUUGGGUAAAAAAGAGACUCUAAAAAAGUCCCGUUUGUUUUGAAAACAAAUGGGUAGAAUUAAGUUGACCCAGGUUGCACUGCUUGGCCUCAAGCUUCACAUCCGUAGUUGGGGAUGGUCGGCACUUAAAUUCCGAAAAGGAAAUAAAUUCUGGAAAAGAACAUAAUGUACGGAAAACAGAGGUGAAAGGUUUGGUCAGUUCUUGAUUCUCAUACUCUACAGAUGUUCGUGAGGUUUAUCCCUACCUGCCUGAGUCUAUCUCAAAAACCCACCAAUUUGAACUAUCUUUCCAAGAGCAUCGCAUUACACAAUUUCAAAAGAAAAAUAAGAACUUUGUACACCAAACGACUUCAAAUACCACCAUCUACUUCUGGAGAUGCUGGUGGCUUGCGUGUCUUUGUCCUCUCUGACUUGCACACAGACUAUGCAGAGAACAUGGAAUGGGUGAAGUCCAUUUCUACUGCGAGACAUAAAAAAGAUGUUCUUCUCGUUGCGGGUGACGUAGCAGAAACAUACGACAACUUUGUUUUGACUAUGCGUCUCUUGAAGGAUGGAUUUGAGCAUGUCUUCUUCAUACCAGGAAACCAUGAUCUUUGGUGUCGUCGGGAUGGAGAAGAUUAUGAAGAUUCUCUUGAAAAGCUAAAUAGGUUGCUUGAUGCGUGUAGAGAACUUGGAGUUGAGACCAAUCCUAUGGUGAUAGAUGGCUUGGGAAUCAUUCCUAUAUUCUCAUGGUACCACGAGAGCUUUGAUCGAGAGAAGGAUGUAGCUGGCAUCCGUAUCCCGUCUUUGGAGAUGGCAUGCAAGGACUUUCAUGCAUGCAGGUGGCCUGUGGAACUGUCAAAUCGGGAUACCUCCCUUGCUUUAUACUUCGAUGCAAUUAACGAAAAAAAUAUGAAUGUGAUCAAGGAAAUCCAGAGGGCUUGUACCCAAAUAAUUACAUUUUCUCACUUUGUUCCCAGGCAAGAGCUAUGCCCAGAGAAGAGGAUGCUAUUCUAUCCCAAUCUCCCAAAAAUUAUUGGCUCCGAUUGUCUGGAGGUUCGCAUAAGAUCUAUCCACAGAAGCCAGGGAAGUGCAUCUGCCUGUCAUGUGUUUGGUCAUACCCAUUUCUGCUGGGAUGCUGUGCUUGAUGGUAUCAGGUAUGUACAGGUACCAUUGGCUUACCCAAGAGAACGGAAGAGGAGAAUGAAUGGAGGGGAAAACUGGCUGCCGUUUUGCAUCUUUAGUGAUGGCAAGUUUGCUGAUAAACUCUCGCCCUGCUAUUGGUCUGAUUAUUACUCUGCCAACCCAAGAACGCCUCACAAUACUGAGCUUGCUCCUUGGGUUGCCAGAUUCUAUAAACAAACUUAACCCCAUUUUUUUCCAUUAUCUAUUUUUCUUUGCUCCAGUUAGCUCUUUCUAAAACCUUAAAUAUGUUUUGACAACUACCUGCAAAAUGAUAGCAUAAAUAUUUUAUAAUA